AUGGCGCCAGACCCCAAACUUGAGCUCAGCCAGCAUAUCCCCUGGAGCGAACCCGCCUGGUAUUCUUCGCUUCGGUCUCCAUACUACAAUGAGAGCCAUCGCCGACUGCGGGAUAAUGUCCGAAAAUACAUAGACGAAAACGUGCUCCCGCACUCGUUUGAGUGGGAGGAAAAGGGAGAAGCACCCGUGGCGGCUUCUAAAGCUUGGCUGAAAUCGGGCAUUGGCCUGGAUGACAUACCAGUUCAGUAUCGUCCAGCGAGCGUGCCUAGCCUGUCUGGAUUGCCUCCGGGCCAACUCGAUGCAUUUCACAUGCUCAUCAUUGCAGACGAAACCUCGAGGAUCGAAGGCGGUGUUGGCAUUGCAUUGGGAGGAGCGUCUUCCAUCGGCGCGCCACCGAUCAUUCAUUUUGGUACCGAGGAGCAAAAGUCCAAGUGGCUGCCAGGGCUAUUUACCAAGGAAACAAGUUUCUGUCUCGGCAUCACAGAGCCGACAGGAGGCUCCGAUGUUGCGCAAUUGAGGACCACCGCUGAAAAGACUGCUGAUGGCAAAUUCUACAUUGUCAAUGGUGUCAAGAAGUGGAUUACUGGCUCGCCUUGGGCCAGCCACAUGACGACGGCAGUGAGGACCGGCGGCGAAGGCGCGCGCGGCAUAUCUGUCAUCGUGAUACCGAUGGAUGCGCCCGGUAUCACUGUCGACAAGAUACAGAACAGCGGGCAAAAUGCAGGAGGCGCAUCGUUUGUGGAUCUCGACAAUGUCAAGGUACCUGUUGAAAAUCUGAUUGGCGAGGAAAAUCAAGGCUUCUCCAUCAUCAUGCGCAAUUUCAAUCGGGAGCGUUUCCUUCUCGCCGUCCAGUGCAAUCGCAAGAGCCGCACAUGCUUGGCCCUGGCAUUCCAGUACGCCAUGCAGCGAGAAACUUUUGGAAAGCCGCUGAUGCAGUACCAAGUCAUCAGGAGAAAGCUCACCGAGGUGGCGCAUCGAGUUGAGGCGCAUUGGGCAUGGAUGGAGCAGCUGGCAUACCAUAUUGGAACCUCCCCCGAGGGAUGGCAGAGCCCGGAUGUCGCUGGUCGACUUGCCCUCCUCAAAGUCCAGGGAGGCCAGAUGGUGGAGCUCGCCGCCCGCGAAGCUCAGCAGAUUUUUGGCGGUGCUGGAUAUCAGCGCAGCGGGCCAGGGGCCACCGUGGAGCAAAUCAGUCGCGACUUGCGCAUGCUGGUGGUUGGCGGCGGAAGCGAAGAAAUCAUGGCCGAUUUGGCCAUGCGACAGGAGCUCAUGAUGGCAAAGGCCAAGCUAAAACUGUAA